CAUUGUCUCCGCGCCCGAACCCCGAGCACCCCGUGGAAUCCCCCACGUCAUCAUCAGAACCAUCAAUGAGAUGCAAACAUGAAAGACAAGAGGAAGAAGAAGGACCGCACCUGGGCCGAGGCUGCCCGCCUGGCACUAGAAAAACACCCCAACUCACCAAUGACAGCAAAGCAGAUAUUGGAAGUCAUUCAGAAAGAAGGGUUAAAAGAAACAAGUGGAACUUCUCCAUUAGCCUGUCUGAAUGCAAUGCUUCACACUAACACUCGAAUAGGGGAUGGAACAUUCUUCAAAAUCCCUGGAAAGUCAGGCCUCUAUGCUCUCAAAAAAGAGGAGUCGUCAUGCUCAGCUGAUGGAACAUUGGAUUUAGGCUGUGAGUCUGAAUUGGAAGGCACAGAGAUGGCAGAGGUCAGUGCCAAUGGGGAAGGAAAUGGAGUUUGUGCAAAGCAGGUAACUGAUGAGGCAUCUUCCACUCGAGAUUCAAGCCUUCCUAACACAGCAGUGCAGAGCAAGUUAGUGUCUUCCUUUCAGCAACACACCAAAAAGGCUCUCAAGCAGGCUUUGAGGCAGCAGCAGAAAAGAAGAAAUGGAGUCUCAAUGAUGGUAAACAAGACUGUUCCUCGUGUUGUUUUGACACCAUUAAAGGUGUCUGAUGAGCAGUCGGAUUCGCCUUCAGGAUCCGAAUCUAAAAAUGGUGAAGCAGACAGUUCAGAUAAAGAAAUGAAACAUGGGCAAAAAUCCCCCACUGGAAAACAAACGAGUCAGCACUUAAAACGAUUAAAAAAGUCUGGUUUAGGACACUUGAAAUGGACCAAAGCUGAGGAUAUUGACAUAGAAACCCCGGGAUCUAUUCUUGUCAACACUAACUUGAGGGCAUUAAUAAAUAAACAUACGUUUGCUUCCUUACCUCAGCAUUUUCAACAAUACCUCCUGCUUUUGCUCCCAGAAGUGGAUAGGCAGAUGGGAAGUGAUGGAAUUUUACGCCUCAGUACUUCAGCUCUAAAUAAUGAAUUCUUUGCAUAUGCAGCACAAGGCUGGAAACAGCGACUGGCAGAAGGAGAGUUUACUCCAGAAAUGCAAUUGCGGAUAAGGCAAGAAAUUGAAAAGGAAAAGAAAACAGAACCCUGGAAAGAAAAAUUCUUCGAAAGGUUUUAUGGAGAAAAGUUGGGCAUGUCAAGAGAGGACUCUAUAAAACUCACAUCUGGACCAAACAGUGAUGGAGCUGAAAGCAGUUCUUCAUGCGGGACCUCUGGCCUUCCUGGUCUAUCUGCACAGACUCCCUUGAAAGAACAACAGCCAAAAAGCAUGAAAAGUCCAACUUCUCCGGAGCCUGAUUUCUGUGCUACACUUUGUCCCAUGGUAGACGUAGGUAAAGAUGUAAUGACAGAGUCAGAAUCAGAGGACAUCCUGAUCCCCGAAGAAUCUGUGAUUCAGGAAGAAAUUGAGGAAGAGGUAGAGACUAGCAUCUGUGAGUGCCAGGAUGAGAAUCACAAGACAAUACCUGACUUUUCUGAGGAGUCAGAAAGUCCAGCCAACUCUCAUGAGGAGCCCCAAAUAGCACCUCCUGAAGAUAACUUGGAAUCCUGUGUUAUAAUGAAUGAUGUUUUAGAAACUUUGCCUCAUGUUGAAGUUAAAGUGGAAGAGAAAUCAGAAUCUCCCCAGGAAGAGAUGUCAGUUGUCAUUGAUCAGCUAGAAGUCUGUGACUCUCUCGUUCCUUCCACUUCAUCUGGGACUCAUGUCAAUGACACAGAACAUAAGGAGCCAGAAACUGCACUAGAGACCAACACUCCAAAAAUUAAAACAGGGUCAUCGUCUUUAGAAGGCCAGUUUCCAAGUGAAGGAAUCGCUGUAGAUAUGGAGCUGCAGAGUGAUCCUGAUGAACAGCUUUCUGAAAAUGCUUGCAUCUCUGAAACGUCCUUCUCUUCUGAGAGCCCAGAGGGAGCCUGUACCAGCCUGACAUCCCCAGGAGGGGAAACCCAAUCCACUUCAGAAGAAUCAUGUACCCCAGCCUCCCUUGAGACAACGUUUUGUUCUGAGGUGUCCAGCACUGAAAAUGUGGACAAAUAUAAUCAGCGAAAUGCCACUGAUGAAAAUCUUCAUGCAUCUUUGAUGUCAGAAAUCUCUCCAAUAUCCACUUCACCUGAAAUAUCAGAAGCGUCUUUGAUGUCCAAUUUACCGUUAACCUCUGAAGCAUCCCCAGUGUCAAAUUUACCUUUAACAUCAGAAACCUCGCCCAUGUCUGAUUUACCUUUGACAUCAGAAACUUCUUCAGUGUCUUCCAUGCUUCUCACAUCUGAGACCACUUUUAUAUCCAGUUUGCCACUUCCUUCAGAAACAUCUCCAAUUUCCAGUUCUUCCAUGAAUGAAAGAAUGGUGCAUCAACAAAGAAAGUCAACUUCCAUAUCUGAAGAACCACUCUCCCCCCAGAAAGAUGAAGGUUCUGACCCUGCCAAGCCCCUGGGAGAGAGCCUUACCUCUCAGCAGAAGACUCUAUCAAAUACUCCUGAACCUAUCAAAAUGGGUUCUUCUUCCAUUGCUCCUGAAGCAUAUUCAUCAGAAGAACUGCACAAUAAGACCCUGAAUCAGCAGCCUUGUAAAUCACAUGUUGAAACUGAGAAGCCUUAUCCCGCUUCGAUUCCAGAACUUCCUUCUACAGAAAUGAUAAAAGUUAAAAAUCAUAAUGUCCUGCAAAGAACAGAAAAGAAAGCGAUGUCUUCACCAUUGGAAUUACCUGUCUUUUCUGAAGAGACAGAGAGUAAGGGAAAUGAGCUCCCAUCAGCUAAAUUACAGGACAAGCAAUACAUCUCAUCGGUGGAUAAGGCUUCAUUUUCAGAAGGCUCUAGAAAUAAAAUGCAUAAGCCAGGGAGCUCACAGAACCGGUUGGAGACCUCUCAUACUUCCAAGUUGUCAGAGCCCUCCAAGUCCCCAGAUGGGGUAAGAAAUGAAAGUAGAGAAUCUGAGAUAUCGAAGAGGAAAACCGCAGAGCAUCACAGCUUUGGGAUCUGUAAGGAGAAGAGGGCUAGGAUAGAAGAUGACCAGUCAAGCCGGAGCAUCUCAUCCAGCAGUCCAUCUGAGAAAGAACAGCCUCCAAGAGAGGAACCAAGGGUUCCACCUCUCAAGAUACAGCUUUCCAAAAUCGGGCCACCCUUUAUUAUCAAGAGCCAACCAGUCUCCAAACCAGAGGCUCGCGCGUCAUCUGGCACAUCGGUCAGUGGCGGGAGGAACACGGGAGCCAGGACCCUGGCGGACAUCAAGGCCCGAGCCCAGCAAGCAAGAGCCCAGCGAGAGGCGGCAGCAGCGGCAGCCGUGGCGGCGGCCGCGAGCAUUGUUUCGGGAGCUAUGGGGAGCCCAGGAGAGGGCGGAAAAGCCAGAACUCUGGCGCAUAUCAAAGAGCAGACGAAGGUGAAGCUCUUCGCAAAGCAUCAAGCCCGAGCCCACCUCUUCCAGAACACUAAAGAGCCCCGGUUGCCUCCGCUCGGCUCAAAGGAAGGGCCUCCAAGCUUAGAAGUCUCUUCUGCCCCUGAAAUAAAAAUCGAAGGCUCGCCUGGUGUCAUCAUUGUCAAUCCAAACUGCCGAUCUCCCAGCAACAAGGCUGCGCACCUCCGGGAGCCCACCACUGUACUACAGCAGUCUCUCAACCCGACCAAACUUCCAGAAAUUGCCACGGACUUAUCUGUGCAUAGUUCUGACGAAAACACACCUGUGUCACACUUGUCUGAGAAAAUUGUUUCAUCUACCUCUUCUGAAAAUAGCAGUGUGCCCAUGCUUUUUAAUAAAAAUCCCAUCCCCGUGUCUGUCUGCAGCACUGCUAUGUCGGGAGCAAUUAAAGAACAUCCCUUUGUGAGUUCUGUUGAUAAAUCCUCUGUCCUAAUGUCUGUUGACAGUGCAAACACUACAAUUUCUGCUUGUAACAUAAGCAUGUUAAAAACCAUCCAGGGAACGGACACUCCAUGCAUAGCCAUUAUACCAAAAUGUAUUGAGAGCACCCCUCUUCCGGCCACCACGGAGGGCUCCAGCGCAGUGAGCCCCCGGGAUGACACGCAGUUACUGGCACCCAGCAGCAGUGCUGGCAGCCUAGUCUCCAGUCAGUACACCUCUGUGCCAACUCCCUCCAUUGGAAGCAACUUGCCAAACCAUCUCUCCACUAGCUCUGUCUUGAUUCCCCCAACGGGAAUGAACAGCAGAUUUCCUUCUGAGAAGAUAGCCAUGCCUGGGAGCGAAGAACAGGCCACCAUGUCCAUGGGCACCACUGUGAGAGCCGCCCUCGGCUGCAGGGACCCCGUCGCAGUCACUGACGCCCUGGUGGCACGCCCACCUGUCGCAGCGUUUACUGCAAGCAUGCUGACUGUAAACUCUUAUGACAGUCCUCCCACGUUAAGUGCUGAAAGCUUGGACAAAACUUCAGGGACUCGGAACAGGGCAGACACUUCUGGGAGACCUCAGCCACCCCCGGGGGGCUUCGCACCAGCAGCCAUAAACCGCUCGAUUCCGUGUAAAGUCAUCGUCGACCACAGCACCACGCUGACCUCUACGUCAUCUCUGACUGUCUCUCUUGAGAGCACAGAAGCCGGCGUGGACCUCCAGAGCAGGUCCGGGAGGACGGAAGCAGCCGUUCAGCCCGUGGCGUGUCCGCAGGUGUCUGUCAUCAGCAGGCCUGAGCCGGUUGCAAGUGAAGGCGGAGAUCACGGUCCCAGUUUCAUUGCUGCUUCCGCGGCAAAACAAGACAGUCAAACGAUGCAGGCCACCUGCCCGGGUCUCCGUGAAGGGCCCCUCGUGGUUCCAGAUAACUUAAACGCGGGAACUCCUCUGAGUCUCAGCUUUGCUGAGCAGGCGCAUGGCAUAACCACGUUCAAAAGUGAAGCCGACACAACCUGUAGCCAUCAGUAUAACCCGGGCAGCCGGAUCUGCUGGGGCGAGGACGGGGUGAGGAGUGCAGGACAGCCUCUGCUCAGCCACCCUGGUUCCAAUAAACAGAAGGAAUAUCUGGAGCAGGGCUGUCCGAAGGCCAUCAAGACCGAGCACGCCAGCUCCUCGCAUGUGGCGGAACUUCACCCCAGGAAUCUCAUCACAAGCGUCCCUCUCCCAGUGAAGUCCGAACCUCACGACGUGGACAGGGGCUUUAGGAUGGACGCCGACGACUUCCCUGGCCCUGAGCUGCAUCCUCCAGCUGCAGGGGCAGCCCCGAGUGUGCGACAGACGCAGACCGUGCAGGCCCCCGCCUCUGGUCCCAUGGAAGAGGCCAUCUCUCUGGCUACAGACACCCUGAAAAGAGUUCCCAGUGCAGGGAGCUCCAGCUGCCGUCUGUCAUCGGUGGAGGCGAACAAUCCCCUCGUCACACAGUUGCUCCAGGGCAACUUGCCUUUGGAAAAAGUGUUGCCCCAGCCCAGACUGGGAGCCAAGCUCGAAAUCAACAGGCUUCCUCUGCCUCUUCAAACUACCUCAGUGGGUAAAACAGCCCCCGAGAGGAACGUGGUUGAAAUGCCCCCUAGCUCUCCCAAUGCAGACGGGAAAGGCUACCUGGCAGGAGCUCUCGCACCACUACAAAUGAGGAAGCGGGAGAACCACCCCAAGAAGAGAGUCGCCAGGACCGGGGGGGAACACACUCAAGUGAAAUGUGAGCCAGGGAAGUUGUUGGCGGACCCAGAUGUGAAAGGGGUGCCGUGUGUCAUCAGCUCCGGCAUGAAUCAGCUGGGACUCAGCCAGCCGCUGAAGCAGGAGUGGCUGAACAAGCACCCUGUGCAGAGCAAGAUGGCUCACAGCCCUGAGGUCAAACAGCAGAAGCGGCUGCUCCCCUCCUGUAGCUUCCAGCAGAACCUGUUUCACGUCGACAAGAACGACGGCUUCCACCCCGACGCUGGGACCUCCCACAGACAGCAGUUUUACCAAAUGCCUCUGGCUGCCAGGGGCCCCAUUCCUACCGCGGCUCUGUUACCAGCCUCUGCCAAAGCCCCCGUGGGCUGUAACACGUUUUCCUUCAAUAGGCAUCUUGAGCAAAAGGGACUGGGAGAGGUUAGCCUUUCCUCAGCACCUCACCAGCUAAGGUUAGCCAAUAUGGUGCCCCCCAACAUGCCCAUUAAAGAAGGUGAUGACAUGGGGGGGACCCCGCACGGGGUGCCGCACAAAGCACUAGUGCAUCCCCCGCCCCCUCCCCCCUUGGCUCUGCCCCCACCUCCCCCGCCGCCGCCGCCACUACCUCCACCUCUUCCUAAUCCAGAAGUCCCCUCCGAUCAAAAACAACCGCCAGUUACCAUGGAAACCACUAAGAGACUUAGUUGGCCACAGUCCACGGGCAUAUGUAGCAAUAUAAAAUCGGAACCUCUUUCUUUUGAGGAAGGUUUAAGCAGCAGCUGUGAACUGGGCAUGAAACAAGUUUCCUAUGACCAGAAUGAAAUGAAAGAACAGUUGAAGGUGUUUGCGCUGAAAAAUGCAGAUUUCUCUUCCUAUUUGCUUUCUGAGCCACAGAAGCCUUUUACCCAAUUAGCUGCUCAGAAAAUGCAGGUGCAGCAACAACAGCAGCUCUGUGGAAAUUAUCCAACAAUACACUUCGGUAGCACGAGCUUCAAAAGGGCAGCAUCUGCAAUUGAAAAGUCCAUUGGGAUUUUGGGAAGUGGCUCCAAUCCCACCACGGGUCUGCCUGGUCAGAACGCUCAGAUGCCCGUGCAGAACUUUGCCGACAGCAGCAACGCGGAUGAGUUGGAACUGAAAUGCUCUUGCCGGCUGAAAGCCAUGAUUGUGUGCAAAGGCUGUGGGGCCUUCUGCCACGACGACUGCAUAGGGCCUUCUAAACUCUGUGUAGCUUGCCUGGUUGUGCGAUAAGAGCUGAGUGAAAGAUGCAGUAUCCCUUUUCACCACGGAAAAGCCAAACGGCGUCAGCAACAACAAAUUGAACAGCUCAGUCGUUUAUAGCGUGCUAAUUUAUUUUACUUUGGAACAGAUGAUCUUUUCUCUAGAUGAUUAUUUUCUUGCGUUUCUGGGAAAGGAGAGAUCGCAUUCCAGCCGAGGGGCUCAACAGCGUGUCUUUUACAUAUUUAGUUGCCAUUUGCAGCUUUGGAAAGUUUCUAUUCGUGUGUAUACAGGUCACUCCCAAUUUGUUUCUUUCUUUUUUUAAUCCAGGUGUAGAUAGGAAAAGGACAUUUUAAACUACUUAAUGGUAACCAGAAAUGGAGAUGUGGAGAGAGAUCGGUAACAGCAAUUUAAGGUGGUGAUGCAUUCUUCUGUAGAUUAACCAUUACAGCGAGGGUUCCAACCGUUGACUCCUUUGGACCUACCUUUACCAUAGUGGUUACAUCAUAUUUGGAAAAGGGAAUCUGAUUUCAGUGUAUGAUUCCUUGUAUUUACUCAUAUCACAAAAGGUAUUAAAGGAGGUAUGCCAUUAAUGAACUCCACUGUCCUUAUUCUCUUUCCUCCCUUUUGACUCUUUUCAGAGACUGGCAGAUUCUCUGGAUCUGCCUUGGACAUGGUACACAUAUUGUAGUGAAAUGUCUUUUCCACCUGAAAUUGCAGUGUGGGCCUCAUGCCCAGCAAUCUGGUUCAAGCCCUUUGACACCCGAGACUGUAAGAUCAGUUGGACAACAGAGAGCCAUAGGCCCAGAGGAUUCAGAGCUUCAUGUGUGGCUUCUAAGAGCAAGUAUGAAAAAAAAUGUCCUAAAAUUCAAAGCAAACAAGUAAAAUGCUGUGUAUGCAAACACACCUAAAUGCGUUGGCGAUGUAAAUAUCGGUCCAUUCUAUUCACUCUAAUACAAUUACUAGAUAUUAAAAUUGGGGGGAAAUAAUCGUAACCCUUUAUUGAUGACACCAGUGUAUUCUGGCUUCCGACUUUGCAGAGGUUGGCCACCUCUGUUUUUAAAGUGUCAUUGAUGAUGAGAGGGACUAUAGAAGGCUGAAGUGUCAACAUUUUUCUGAACAGUUUUUUCCUCAUGAGUCACGAUCUAUGUAAUUAUAUUUGACUCUAAACUAGCCCUUAUUUUAAAAAAUUGUUCUGGGUGUUGCAUGUUUUGUUUCCCACCCCCGCCCCCCCUUCAGGUGAAUUCAGUGCAUUCUUCAUAUUUGGGGGAGUGGAACUGCUUUUGAAAAAGGGAUACUGCAUCUUACAACUAUUGUCAGUGUUUAUCCAGUAGUCUGGGCGUUGAGUAUUUGAGCUCCAUUCCAUGUACUGUGGCCACCCUCAUGCCAGAGAACAGCUGGAGUUCAGCAGGCUCUGUUCCCUAAAGCAAGUUCAAAAGCACAUGCACACUGUGGGGAGAUGAAAGAACAAAGACCAUGUCCAUUUAACUUCAGAUUACAGAGCACAAAAUGUGGAGUACCAUUAACCCACUGGUUGAUUGUGGCUGUAGAAUUUUAAAAAAUAUGGGGGGAAAAUCUUCUGUAUCCAGGGUGAGAAUUUGACAGCUAUUUUCACAAGGGAUCAUCCUAAUCAAUGUUAACUUUUGACAUUCCCUUAAAAUAUGUCUUAAAAAUUAACUGGAAUGAGCAGAAAUUUCAGUCCUGGGGAAAAAAAAAACUUGUUAAUUUUUUUUUUAUAGUAAUCAACCAUGGUAUAUUUUUUUUCCUCCAUAUUUAUUAUUGUGAUGUUGCCAAAUAUCAUUAGGUGAUAGAGAUGUCAUUUUUACUAACAAAGUGCUGAUAGUGAAAGAUACUUUAUCUUAGAAAGAAAGCAAAGCAAAGAAGGCCUACCUCCGCGGCUGAGAUUCGGUGCUUCAGUUGCUGUCACUUCUGUGUUUCACGUUAAAAUUAACAGAAUUAACGACUGAGAAUAUUAGCAAUGCACUUAACGAGCCCUUCCCAAGGAAGGCAGUGUUAGUUCCAGCAGAUCCCUAGUUCACUGUGCACCAGGUGGUUUGGGUGGUGUCCUCGUCAGCGGUAUCUCUGUGGUCUGCUUGGCUCUGAUGUCAUCUUGGUUCAGAAGGGCAUGCUCUAGUUUCACAGAGGGGGACCCCUAUAAUAUAGACACUUGCAUGCCAGCUCCUUCUGCCAAAUUCAGUUGCCGCUCUACCAGUGUCAGAUACUGUCUACACCAGCAGAUUCAACACUACCACAUCAGUAACUGACACCGAGUUGAAACUGUGGUCUUCACAACCUUUGCACUCUGCAUAUGAGGCAAAAUUAUCAGUUCCAUCAUUGUGGGAUACUGCGUGCAAAUUACUUACUGGGAAUACAGAAAAGUAUCCUUCUCUAUGUUCUGAUUUUUCUCAUAAUAAGUUUGGAAAAUCAAUUGCUGAUCACACGUGGAUUGUACCACCCUGGUCCAAAGAGCGUAAUAUUUCUCUGCCCUUGCUCUUUUUUGCCCCGGUUUAAAUUCCUAGUGUUUGCAUAUGGUUUAUAUUACUGAAAAAUUAAUAUCUUUGGGCUAGAAGAAUGGAAAGAAAAAUUCAGAAGUAAAAAGUGGGUCAGAUAUGUUACAAGUGGCCAUUUAAUAUAUAUACAAACCCCAGUAUAUUUGGAUUAGGCGAGCAGGUUCUUAGUUUCCUGAUAUCCACAGAUAUCUGCCUAUGUGCAAAUGGAGUAUGUUAUUUACUACAUGGUUAUUGUGGUGUAAUGUGCAAAUUUUAGUGUGUGCAUUAUCCUGAUGAUUGGACACUGGGAUAUCCCUAUCAGGAAUAGAGCUUGCACAUCUAACAUGUAAUUUUUAAUUAUUAUUUUCACAAAGGAUGUAUUUCCCUAAGUAGCACUUUUGGAACAGGGGAAGGAAGAAAACUGCUAUUCCCUGAUCCCCCUCCUAUACAGUAUGCAUAUGCCUGAGGUUGUAUAAAGACAUUUAGGUAGUUAAUGGGCAUGUUAAUACAAACGUUCUGAUGCAAAUUCAUUUUCAGAAUGAAAAUAUUUUUCCUUCCCCAAAGUGAGAAUAGCAGAAAUGUCGGUGACCUGAGCACCAUAGUUAUAUGGACUAUUUUCCUGCUAAGGUCUAGUUUGAAGAAAAAACUUGAAAACAAACCUUUGAGGUUGAGCCUGGUUGCUAUAAAGACUUUGUGGUGGUGUUUCUGGGAUGAGCUAUGGAAGGUUUAGCUGACUUCUAGAGCUUGGCUAUCCUUAUUCAUCCAAAAUAAACAGAUACAAACAAGCUGGUGUGUACAGUGCUUCAUAAAGAAGCCAAGAGUAAGAAUACACGAUGCUACAGCCCCAUGCCCUUUACAAACACUCGCACAAUUUCAAAAGGGGAAGUUACUGUGGCCUUGGUUUCCCAGUUCCUCCCGGGUCUGGUCCAGUCCCAGGUGACAGGAGCUGAAGCGCCGUUAAGGGUUGCAUCCUCUCAGUGGUGUGGAAGUCAGCACCGCGCUAGCCGCCUGGAGAGAGUGAGCCCGCUGAACACGCAAAGCCCAGAGUCACUGUCCAUGUUUCUAGAGAACAAUGUGAAGAGUCCUAGGAAAGGAACUCAUCAGACUGUCAGGGGCCUAUGUAGCCAAAAUGUCACUGAAUAUAAAAAUCUUGUCUUCAGUCCUCAUGCUUUGUCACUGUAAAGCAAACAAAAAGCGUUUUUACUAUAAUUUAAAGGAGCUGCUUUUUUAUAGCACAUACUCUUUCGCUUUGUACCCUAUUUGAUAGUUGCAGAAUAAUUUAGACUGUAGAAAAACUUUGUUGUAUUUGUACUGUUCAUGAAUGUUUCAAAAAAAAAAAGUGCUUUACUUGCUUGCCAUAAUUUUUCUUGUACUGCUGUAUUUUUCCCCCUGGCUUCAUGGAAACCUAAUCUGAUUCCUCUUUUCAGUACAGUUUUUUGUUUGUUGUUGUUGUUUUUUAAUGUGUGUUUGUGAGUAUUUUUUUCCUUUGGUCAGUAUUCUGAAUGUUUACAUCUGUUUAACAUUAGCCAUGUAAUGCCUUUUUUAAAAGGCGGUAUUACUCUUACAGUGUUACAGCAAAAUGUGAAUCAACCCAAACAUAACAUGCAUGACAAACACAGAUGGGGGGGCAAAGGCCCUGAACGUACAAAGACAUUUUAUAUCAGCAUACAGAAAAGUCAAACCCUUCUUCAGUCCUCUACCAAAGAAUAUAUUAUUCCCACAGGAAAAACUCAGAAAAGGUGUGUAAAAUCCUCAGAAGGGGAGCAGUUGAAUCAGUAAGACUGCUACAAUUUAAUACUGUUAUGCUUGCUUUGAUACCUGACAAAAUGUGACGGAGUGCAACAAGCAUUGAAACGAUUUUUAGACAGUGUUUUGUUUAGAAUUCAGGGAUCAUGCAUUCUUUAAUGGUGCUGUUUGUUUUUUAUUUCUUUUCUACAAAGAAAAAAAAAAGUGUUGCCUACAAAAGUGACUGCUCACGAUACCAUAAGUUAAAUGAAAUGUUUGUCUCUUCAUGUUUCUCUGUUUUUCCCUUUCUCUAAAGUAACAAUUUGGGUUUCAAUAUUAAAAUAUUCUGGGAGAAAAUAAAGAAAUUAAACCUUCAA